AGAGGAGAGGAAAAAGGCAAAGGACAAAAAAGAAAAGAAAGAAGAGGAAGAGAGCAAACUGUGGUCGAGAUGCUGCUUUGCCCCUCUGACCGUCUGAUGCUGUGGGUUUGGGCUCUGACCCAAGGACUGAUGUGUGAUGGACAUCUCUCAGGGAUUCGGGUACCACUGAGAAACGACAUGGAAGCGUAUGAUCACAAGCGCAGGACAUCGCGCUCUGCAGCUGCUGCUGAUGGUCCUGAUCACAGACACGGUAUCAAUUUUAUGGAGAUGAUCGAUAACCUCAGAGGGAAGUCUGGCCAAGGGUAUUAUGUAGAGAUGACCAUCGGGACACCUCCUCAGAAGCUGAACAUUCUGGUGGACACUGGAAGCAGUAACUUUGCUGUUGGCGCAGCGACACACGCAUUCCUGAAGAGAUAUUAUCACCGGGACCUCUCCAGCACUUACCGGGACCUGAGGAAGAGUGUGUACGUGCCCUACACCCAAGGCAAGUGGGAGGGGGAGCUGGGGACAGACAUAGUCAGCGUUCCUCACGGCCCCAACGUCUCCGUCAGAGCCAACAUCGCCGCCAUCACCCAGUCCGACAAAUUCUUCAUCAACGGCUCCAACUGGGAAGGGAUCCUGGGUUUGGCCUACGCUGAGAUCGCCAGGCCCGACGACAGUUUGGAGCCGUUCUUCGACUCGCUGGUCAGACAGACCCAGGUCCCCAACAUCUUCUCCCUCCAGCUGUGCGGAGCAGGCUUCUCCCUGAAUGACACUGAAUCAGCCUCUUCGGUCGGAGGGAGCAUGAUCAUCGGUGGAAUAGAUUCAUCCCUGUAUCUCGGCAGCAUCUGGUUCACCCCCAUCAGGAAGGAGUGGUAUUAUGAGGUGAUUAUAGUGAAGAUCGAGAUCAAUGGGCAGGACUUGAAGAUGGACUGUAAAGAGUACAAUUAUGACAAGAGCAUUGUGGACAGUGGGACCACCAACCUCCGUCUGCCCAAGAAAGUCUUUGAAGCUGCGGUGAAAUCCAUCAAGGCUGCGUCUUCUACGGAGAAGUUCCCAGAUGGGUUCUGGUUGGGCGAGCAGCUCGUGUGUUGGCAGGUUGGCACUACCCCCUGGCAUAUUUUCCCAACCAUAUCGCUCUACCUCAUGGGGGAGGUCACCAACCAAUCUUUUCAGAUCACCAUCCUACCACAGCAAUACCUGCGUCCGGUGGAGGAUGUGGCCACAUCCCAGGACGAUUGCUACAAGUUCGCCGUCUCCCAGUCCACCACGGGGACGGUGAUGGGGGCAGUCAUCAUGGAAGGCUUUUACGUGGUCUUCGAUCGAGCUCAGAAUCGCAUCGGAUUUGCGGUCAGCACCUGUCACGUUCACGAUGAGUUCCGCUCGGCCGUGGUGGACGGGCCUUUCUUCGCCACGGACAUGGAGGACUGCGGCUACAACAUCCCGCAGACAGACGAGUCCACCCUGAUGACCAUCGCCUACGUCAUGGCCGCCAUCUGCGCUCUCUUCAUGCUCCCGCUCUGCCUCAUGGUCUUUCAGUGGCGGUGCUUCCAGUGCCUGAGGCGAGAGCGCGACGACUUUGCAGACGAUAUCUCGCUGCUGAAGUGAGUCGAGUGCG